AUGGGUUCGUCGCUGGACCUCGUCAAGACUCUGGCCGUUCCCGCGCUCAUCUCGCUCAGCAUCUACCUCUUGUUCGGCUACCUGAUCAUCCCCUUUUUCCGCCGCUAUCACCAACGCUAUGCCCACUAUCUGCCGCUGAAUACCAUAUCAGCGCAUACGCUGACGCUGCGCGAGCGUGUUGCCGAUUCGCUGAUGCAUUUUUUUCUUCCGUCGUCCUGGAGCCUGCUUCGACGGCGCGGAGGGAUGCCCGAGGACAACCACGAUGCAAUCAGCAUCUAUGAGGAAGAAGGGGAGCAUAUGACGGCCAUGGAUAUCACUGUGGCGCGGCGCGAGGCACUGGAAAGGCGACGGAGUACAAGUGAGGCCCAGGAUCGGUUGAGUCGGGACUUGGAAGAAGGGUUUAUGGAUGAUAGUAGUGACGAUGAUGAGGAGGAGGAGCGGAGGAGGAGAGAAGUACGGUGA